AGUCGUGCUUGGCGAGGCGGGCGUGUGGCCGCGCCUCCGGGGGAGCCAACGCCGCUAGAGGGCAGGGGCGGCACCCGCACGUCGGGCAGGCAGCGCCUUUCCGCUUUUGACUCACCCCUUCGGCUUGGGCUCUCCUCUCUUUCUCGCACACCCACCUACGCACGCAGGCAGGAUAGGCAAAACCCCGAGCCAAGGACAGCGACGAAGCCCUAGCCGGAUAAGCAGCGGCGGCGGCGGCAGAGUUUGCCCCACAAAGCGGUAAUCUGAGGGAAUAACUGACAGCUUGUGCAAGAUGUUUGAAUGAACACGGCGAAAUAGAAGCAGCCUCCUAUCCGCAACACAAAUAGCAAUCAAGUCUGGAAGAAGGGGGGGGGGAGACACCAUGUGUGGAACUGUUGAUGAGUAGCACAUGGCUUGGGAGCGGAGGAGGAGGAGGGUGCUUCUCUUCCAAUUUAUGCUGAGAUCUGGAGGACUUGAUGCUUAUAAGAAGAGAUGCGAGCGCAGAGCGCAAGUCUGUUGAUGUGGCCAAACAAGGCAGACCCAGCAGCUACUUGACUGGAGGUGGCUAUUUGGAGCAGCGCAGACCUGCCCUGCCUAUCACGAGGGGGAGAGGCACCACCGUGGCCCAGCCAGAAUUAAGAUGCCAGCGAAAGGCAAAUACUUCUUCAACGAGAAUGAAGGCUGCAAGAUAACAGACCCUUUGUACGAGAAGUACCGCUACUCAAGCCAACAGCAUCCCCUCCUCUUCUUCCUUCUCUUCAUUGUCAUUGCCUAUUGUGCAACCCUCAUCGUCGUUCUCCUCACCCAGCAUCAGCCACCGGGAGAUCAUCUUGCCUACCUUAUUACAGUCGGCACAGCACUCAUAAUUUUCAUAGUCAUGUACGUUCUGGUUUAUUUCGAAUACUUCUUUUGGUGUCGGCUGAAAUUGUUUGCUGUUGUGAUUUGGAUCUGCUUGCUGGCCAUAGGAUAUGUCUCUAUUUUUGCCGCAGGGAAGACUCUUCAACUUGCUGCAUGGGAACAGGUGCCAUUCUUUCUGUUCAUCAUCUUCACGGCUUAUACCAUGUUCCCCUUGGGAAUGAGAGAUGCUGUGAUUGUCAGCGGCGUUUCAGCACUCUCCCAUAUUGUAGUCCUGAGCAUCGCUGUAGCGCAAAACAAACAGGACCAUCAUACUCUUCCACGUCAGGUGCUUGCCAAUGCUUUCAUUUUUCUCUGUGGUAACCUGAUGGGUGCAUUCCACAAGCAUCAGAUGCAGGAUGCCUCGUGGGAUCUGUACAGAUAUACUUUAAAGUGCAUCCAAGUCCAAAUGAAGCUGAAGAUUGAAAAGAGGCAGCAAGAAAGCUUGCUUUUAUCGAUACUGCCGGCUCAUAUCUCCAUGGGAAUGAAACUAGCCAUCAUAGAACGCCUGAAGGAAACCAACGACAGGAAGAAGCACGACAACAACUUCCACAGCCUGUAUGUGAAACGGCACCAGAAUGUUAGCAUCUUGUAUGCAGACAUUGUAGGAUUCACUCGUCUGGCAAGUGACUGCUCUCCCAAAGAACUGGUGGUGAUGUUGAAUGAACUCUUUGGCAAAUUCGAUCAAAUAGCAAAGGAAAAUGAAUGCAUGAGGAUAAAAAUUCUGGGAGACUGUUAUUACUGUGUCUCGGGAUUACCUGUUUCCUUGCCAGUACAUGCCAAGAACUGUGUGAAAAUGGGCCUUGACAUGUGCGAAGCUAUAAAACAAGUGAGAGAAGCCACAGGAGUGGACAUCAAUAUGCGAGUCGGCAUUCACUCUGGGAACGUGCUCUGCGGUGUAAUAGGGCUUCGGAAAUGGCAGUAUGACGUUUGGUCUCACGAUGUUUCCUUAGCUAACCGAAUGGAAUCUGCGGGAGUUCCUGGCCGUGUACACAUCACAGAAGCAACCCUCAGUCACCUAGGCAAAGCUUAUGAAGUGGAAGAUGGGAAUGGACACCUCAGAGAUCCUUACCUUGAAUCCAUGAAUAUCAAAACUUACUUGGUGAUAGACCCGAGGUCUAAGCAGCGCACUUCCAACAACCAUCUCCCACAAACCACCAGAGUGCACGAUGGCUUGAAGAUGAGGGCCUCUGUCCGGAUGUCGAGGUUCUUGGAGACCUGGGGGGCCGCGCGGCCUUUUGCUCACCUAAACCACAGAGAGAGUGUGAGCAGUGAGACAUCUGCACCAAACAGAAGGCAUAGGAGGGAGAUAGCUCUGCAGUUGGUGAGCCGCCAGAGGACUACAGAGAGUCUGGAUAGGUCUAGACAAGAACCAUUGUGUCCUCCUUCAGUUGUAAGCUAUAAGAAUACCUCUCAGAAAGGAAGGAUGGAAGAAGAAAUUAACGACAAAAUGAUGUCAACCAUCGAGGGCCUCAGUUCAGCCAAGCCGUGGUGUGGUAAAAAAGACGACUUCCGUGGGCUGUGUGGGUUCUUGCUAUGUUUCGUAGAAAUGGAGCUUGAGAAAGAGUAUCGCACAAUCCCGAUCCCCAAACUGAGGGGUUAUUUUGCCUGCGCCAGCAUUGUGUUGCUGUGUAUGUUCCUUGUACAGAUUUCCAUAAUGCAAGGAACGUCAAAAUUAUGGAUUCCAUUUGGGGUCGUAGCUAUCAUAAUGGGACUAAUUUUGUGUGUGUGCUUUGCUGAUGACUGUUGGAGACCCUGUUCAAAGCAGUGGCCCCCAGCCCGCUAUCUCCGCACGCUUUCAGAGAAAAUGGAGACCAUGCCUGCCGUGAGGCUCCCACUGGCCAGUAUUGCAAUCGGCUCUCUGUUAAUCCUAGCUGUUUCUAACUUGUACACAGACCAGACUGUUGGAAACUGUACUACACCAAACCCGCAGGUGGGCAACAGUUCUUCUGAAAACAGCGACAUACUGAGAAUUGAAGCUGAGACCUACUCAUAUUAUACCUACUGCUGCCUUCUGGGUUUCAUCGCAUGCUCUGUGUUCCUUCGAAUGAGCUUUGAACUGAAGCUUAUCCUUUUGUCAGGAGCCGUCGUUGGGUAUUUCAUUGUAUUUAAUAGCAACCUGCUUUUGUGCUCCAGCCGCAGCAACGUCAAUGACUCCACCACAAGGUUUUUUAUGAAAGAACCAAGAAUAAUGACAAAUUUAUACCUGGCUCUGUUUUACAUAACCUUGGUUCUACUGUCAAAACAGAUAGACUAUUACUGUCGUCUGGACUGCCUACAGAAGAAUAAAUUUAAACAGGAACACGAAUCGUUUGAAACGAUGGAAAAUGUAAACCGGCUGCUACUGGAGAAUGUGCUCCCAGCUCACGUCGCUGCCCAUUUUAUUGGGGACAAAUUAAAUGAGGAUUGGUACCAUCAAUCCUAUGACUGUGUCUGUGUCAUGUUUGCCUCAGUACCCGACUUCAAGGUGUUCUACACAGAAUGUGAUGUCAACAAGGAAGGGCUGGAGUGCCUUCGACUCCUCAAUGAAAUAAUUGCCGAUUUUGACGAGCUGUUGCUGAAACCUAAAUUCAGUGGUGUUGAAAAAAUCAAAACUAUUGGGAGUACAUACAUGGCAGCAUCAGGACUCUGUGUUACCCCAGGCCAAGAGAAUAAUCUGGACCAAGAAAGACAGCAUGCUCAAAUCGGCAUCAUGGUGGAAUUUGCGAUGGCUUUGAUGACUAAGCUGGAUGGCAUCAACAGGCACUCAUUCAACAAUUUCCGUCUCAGAGUUGGCAUAAACCAUGGCCCUGUGGUAGCUGGUGUGAUUGGUGCUCGCAAACCACAGUAUGACAUCUGGGGAAACACAGUCAAUGUUGCCAGUAGAAUGGAGAGUACAGGAGAACUUGGGAAAAUCCAGGUUACAGAAGAGACUUGCAAAAUACUGGAGAACCUGGGAUACGCCUGCGAAUGCCGAGGACUUAUUAACGUCAAGGGGAAAGGAGAACUGGUGACUUACUUUGUGUGCACGGAUACAGCCAAAUCCCAAGCGCUUUGAUUCGAGCAAGAAACUGCUGAGAAGUUCCGUCAAAAUUUGUGUCUUGCUGGGCUUGGUUGUUUUUAAAAUAACUUCCCUUCCGGAAAGCCUGGAAACUCCGCCUCCUUAUGGAAAGGAGCUUAUGACAAAAACGAGUGCGGACUAGAAGUGUUAGUACUUGUAUCUCAAGAGAAAGGAUUGUGGAAAAGCUCUUUACAGCUGUGCCUGUCAAAAGAGUUUGCAGGUGUCCAUGUUGCAGAUUAUUCUCCUUUCCCUGCCAUGCAGCCACAGGACAAAGCUCCACUUCUGCACCUUUUUUCAUGGAUUCAGUUGAACGAAUUGCCUCAUUAAAACAUUCCACUGCCUCGUCCUUUUAGACCUGGUUUAACAGUAUUGCAGUUGUCCUUGGACACAGCACCGCCUUGAAUUUGCAGCAGUCUUAUUACAUAAGGCAACAGGACUG